AAGAAGAUAAUGGUCAUAAUAUAUACACGUAUACAUAGAUCGAUGCAUGUGCAUAAUACAGUCUCUUUUUUGAAGGGUUCAUUGAGUUAGAAAACUCGUUAGCAACAUUGGUCCAAUUACAGUAACUUUCGAUAGUGGAAUGAUAUGAUUUGGUUAGCCCUAUUCAUCCAACAUUUUUGGACUGUAAAAACAUAUGAAAACAUAGCUCUGAAUAGAUCUGCCUGGCAGCGUUAUCCCUUUCACGGCACACCAUGGAAUGCAACCCAUGCUGUUGACGGACGUCGAUCAGAUCUCGCCCCGGCUGGAGGACAGUGUGCGAUAUCAGCGGAUGGUAAAUCAAUAGCAGAAUGGAGGGUGGAUCUCGGAGAAGUGCGGAACCUGCAUCACGUUUUUAUACAAUACAGGACGGACAAUGAAGCCUGGGAUCAAAACGACUACUUUAAGAGUAGAUUCUUGGGAUUUUCAAUCUACGUAUCGAACACCACCUACAAAAAGGACUGGAAACUGUGUUUCAAGGACAACAACUAUACCAUAGCCACAAUACCCAACCCUAUCAGUGUAACAUGCCUUAUGCACGGGAGAUAUGUCAUUUACUACAACAACAGAACUCAUUGGCCCUUCCCUGCUGGAUAUUCCUUUUUCGCCUUUAACGAACUGUGUGAGGUUGAAGUUUAUGGUUGUCUGACUUUAGGAUAUUACGGAGAGAACUGCUCCACUCCUUGUCCAGAAAACUGUAAGGGUGGCGACUGUGACAUUGUGGAUGGAACUUGUAUUAGCUGUGUUCCGGGAUAUAAAGGAUCUAUGUGUGACAUAGUCUGUGACGCUUGCUACGAAAAAGAAAAAUGUGACUACAAAAAUGGUACAUGUCCAAAUGGAUGUGAAGACGGGUAUAAAGGGAGCCAAUGCAAAACUGUUUGCAACAACAACACGUAUGGUCCUAAUUGCUCUAUGACAUGUGGACAUUGUCUCUACCUGUACGGAGAAAAAUGUAACCACGUGACCGGUCAGUGUCCUCGUGGAUGUGCUUCCGGCUUUCAAGGAGACCUUUGUGUUGAAUCAAGAGAUGAAUUUAAGAACAAGACAACGGUUGCAUGGCCAACGUAUAAUGCACAUAGUCCACCCGUUUCGCAAACUACAGUUCAGGUUCCUGUUUAUUCCAUCGUCAUCGUUGUCGUAUUAUUUUCAGGCAGUGCUAUUCUCAACCUGAUUUUCAUAUCCAGAAAGGCACUUUUAAGAUGUCGCAAUCGAGACGAAAAGGUGGACGAAUCUGUCGAAAAGUCACAUAUAUAUGUCGACAGUAUUGAUGUUCUAGAAAACGGAUGUGCCGCUCACCAAGAACUGGAGCAUUUUGACAAAAAUGAAAACGAUGAUAUAUAUACUUAUGUAGAAUAGAACUGGAAUUAUACGUUAUCUAUGCUGCUAUUAUGAAGACAAGGUGCUUUUAAGAAUAUUUGUUAUGUGUCAAUUCAAAUACAAUUGUUUAAAAGACAAUUGUUAAAACAAAUAUUUUUUUUUAAAUUUUACUUUGACACGGCUAAAAGAACAUAUUGGUAUAAUGAAUUUUGUUAUAAUGUUAUUCAAAGUACUGAAAAGCGCUAAGCCAGCUUACCUAUAAAGGAAAUUUACUUUGUGCAGGCUAAGUAAGAAAUGAGACAUUUAUUGAAGUUUUGGCAUAUUUUAGAUUUAAAUCAGUUGAAAGUUUCAAAGCCAGAAGGGUCAAAGUGGCGCUGUAUAUAUACUCAUCAAUAUUUUUCCUUAUUCAAUUUAUGUUUGAUUAUGAAAAGAGAGUUUACGUUCUCUCUUUUUUAAAUAUACAUUAUGAUUUAUUAUCUACACUAAAGUUAAUGCAAAUUAAGGCUGAACACGACUUGUAAAUAGACAAUUGCCUUAAACAUGGCAUACAAAAGCCUUUGAUUUAAGUUCACUUGAUUUCACACCUGUGUCUUGUGUGCGACGUGUGAAAAAGAUUUGUUUGUCUAAUUUUUGCACUUUUAUAUUGUUGUUAUACGUGCAUUUUCUUAAUAACUUUAUUGCAGUGACCAUUAUAAUUGAUGUUUUGAAUUUUCUUGUGCAUAUGUAUUGCUUAUUGUUUAGCUGGUAUGUUGUUGGGUCUAUUAAAUAACUUAAUGGCGAGGUAAAAUAAACGUCAACACAGGUGAGAUCUACAAAAAAAGUGCAAGCGUUUAGUCAGUUCCUUAUAUACGUGUUGGGGGGAGAGUGGCGAGCACCAAAAAAUAUGUUUUUUUACAGGUCGUCUUCAGCACUCAAAGGUGGAAAAACAUAUCAUCACAAAAUUGCGGAUAUUUGAUCAAAACGCCCCUUAGUUUAUCGACAGCAGCACACAAUUAACUCCAUAGCCGAGUGGUUAGAGUGUCGGAUUUAUGAUCCGUACCUCCUGAGUUUGAAUCCUGCUGGGAAUUCUGUUGCUUCAUACUGAACUGAAUUAUUAUAUAUUCAUGGUUUUGUAUUACCCCAAAUUGCUAGAUUUAUGCUUUUUGACAUAUGUACAGUUUAUUUUUCAUGAUAUAUCUAUAUUCAAUUAUUUUACUGCCAUUUUGAGUGAUUUUUUUCAGAUGUGUUAUUCCACUAAUAAAACACUAUAUUUUUCCUAAUACAUGUAUAGCGUUUGUUUAAGGUUUGGAUGAAUAGGAUGAGUCUUGUUUUUUAUAACGUCGUUUAAAAAAGUUCUUAUUAGAAAUGUUUGAUUGGGUGACUCACUGAUUAAUGUUUGUAACUGAGAAUAUUGAACGGAAAAUAAAACUUAUUUUUCUUUUA